GGCCCACGUGAUCGGAGGCCCUGUUCCAACAUGGCGGCCUCCAUGGGUCGCUGGCUUCUCUUCCUCCUUGAGCUGCUCGGCUUCCUCACGGAGGCGACCAGCGGCCUCGACUGGGGGGCCUCCCGAGACGACGACUUGCUGCUGCCCUACUCCCGCGCGCGCGCGCGCUCCGCCCGGGACUGCUCAAGGGUGCGCGCCGGAAGUCGCGACCACGAGAGCUGGCCACCUACCACGGCGACCACCGGCACCCGCGGCCCGGCGGUGCGCACCUUCGUUUCGCACUUCGCAGACCGCGCGGUGCCCGGCCACCUGACGCGGGUGGCAGAGCCCCUGCGCACCUUCUCGGUGCUGGAGCCCGGUGGGUCCGGCGGCUGCGCUUCGAGGCGCCGCGCAACCGUGGAGGAGACGGCACGGGCAGCUGGCUGCAGAGUCGCCCAGAACGGCGGCUUUUUCCGCAUGAGCACGGGCGAGUGCCUGGGGAACGUGGUGAGCGCCGGGCGCCGGGUGAGCAGCGCCGGGGGGCUGCAGAACGCGCAGUUCGGGAUCCGCCGCGACGGGACCCUGGUCACCGGGUACCUGUCUGAAGAGGAGGUGCUGGAAACCGAGAAUCCAUUUGUGCAGCUGCUGAGUGGGGUCGUGUGGCUGAUCCGCAACGGAAGUGUGUACAUCAACGAAAGCCAGGCGACCGAGUGUGAUGAGACGCAGGAGACAGGUUCCUUUAGCAAAUUCGUGAACGUGAUGUCAGCCAGGACAGCUGUGGGACAUGACCGGAAAGGACAGCUGGUGCUCUUCCACGCAGAUGGGCAGACGGAGCAGCGGGGCAUUAACCUGUGGGAGAUGGCAGAGUUCUUGCUGAAACAGGACGUGGUCAACGCCAUCAACCUGGAUGGAGGGGGCUCCGCCACCUUUGUGCUCAACGGGACCUUGGCCAGUUACCCAUCAGAUCACUGCCAGGACAACAUGUGGCGCUGUCCACGCCGCGUGUCUACCGUGGUGUGUGUGCACGAGCCCCGCUGCCAGCCACCUGACUGCAGUGGCCACGGGACCUGUGUGGAGGGUCGCUGCCAGUGCACGGGAUGCUUCUGGCAGGGCGCGGCCUGCGACAAGCUGGACUGUGGCCCCUCCAACUGCAGCCUGCACGGGCUUUGCACAGAGACUGGCUGCCGCUGUGAAGCUGGAUGGAUGGGCUCCAACUGCAGUGAAGCUUGCAGCAAUGGCUCCUUCGGGGCAGACUGUGCCAUGAAGUGCAGAUGUCAGAACGGAGCUGCCUGUGACCCCGUCCAGGGGACCUGCACCUGUCCUCCUGGCUUCACUGGAGACACCUGUGAGCAGGAGUGUCCCCUCGGCUGGCACGGGCCAGGCUGCCAGAUGCCUUGCAAGUGUGAGCACCAGUGUCCCUGUGACCCCCAGACUGGCAACUGCAGCCUGGCCCAGGCACCAGCCCUUAACAGCAUCUUCUCCCAAGUGAAACAAUGUCUCCGGCCAUCUGAGACCACCCCAAGAACAGGAGAACUCUCCCUUCUCACCGGCUCUCAGCUCAUGGCCCAGCCCCACCCACACUGGAGGUGGGAAUCAGGUGUGGGUAUGAAUGAAAAGCUCCUGGUGAUGUCCUGGAGGACAGUCUUAUCAUUAAUAAUGCAGAUCCCAGGUCCCUCCUGGAUGUCCUGACUCAGUGAGCCUGGGGUGAGGCUCUGAAGGCCCAGAAUCACACCUGAAGAAAACCCCUGGAAACAUCCUUUGAAAAUGCUCCCAGAGCAGGGACAGUGGCUCCCAGGAGCACCUGGCCCCUGGUCUUAAGUUCAGGCUCCUCAGGUGUGAGACUUUGAGCCCCUCCUCCCCAGUGCAGACCUGCAGACCAGCUGACAACUGCCGGCAAGGGAAGGGGAGCCCUGGGGGGCUGACAAGCAUGUCCCCGCCCCCAGCAGUGUGCUCUUGUCUGCUUUUGCAUCGAGGGCUUCAGCCACAGAGUUCACAUGAAGGAGGAAAACAAGGAUCGUUGAAAGACCCCGCCAGCUCCCCAGGAGGGAGGAAGGGGUGCAGUUCUCCCUGCUCUGUCUCCUUUGAGGUUUCUAACAUCCCCCAGAGCACGG